UUCACGCUGUCCGUAUAAUUUUUUAACUGCGACUGGUUAUUGAUUCAAAAGGUUAAUAUGAAUUUGUAUUACAUUUGUUUACAUAUUUGUAGACGUUGAAUUAUUCAGCGAAAAUGAAUUCUGAAACUGCUCACACAUUAAAAGAUGAAUGGGAUCUUUUAGAUGCUGAAUUCAAAGAGCUUGAAGUUCAUCAAAAACAAUUUUCAAAAGCUGUAGAUGAAUUGAGCAAAUGCCAAAAUUUAUGUACUAAAUCAAUUGCUCAUCAAUGGUACCGUUUGAAUCAAAUAUCAGAAGCUUUAGACAAAUGCAUUGCUGAAAAUAAAGAUGAAAAAGAAUUAAUAGAAUCUAUGAAACAAGAUAUUGACACUCGUAAAGUUCAGUUGGAGGAUAUCCAAUCUGCUUUGCCAGGAAAAAAUGGAUUGUAUUUGCAAAUAAUUUUGGGAAGUGUAAAUGUAACAAUUAUGAAUAAAGAAGACAGUAUGAAGUAUAAAGAAGAAUAUGAGCGUUUCAAGUUAACCGUUACUGUAAUCAUCUUAAUCUUGUCAGGCCAAAGCAUUGUGUUUUCAUAUCGAGUCCUUGAUGCUAUUCUACAUUUUUUGUUGGUAUGGUACUAUUGUACUUUAACAAUAAGAGAAAGCAUUUUGGUGGUUAAUGGUUCCAGAAUAAAAGGCUGGUGGAGGAUAAACCAUUUUAUCACUACAGUACAAGCUGGAGUUAUCAUUGUUUGGCCUGAUGGUUUGAUGUAUGACUUGUUUCGUAAACAGUUCACUUUGUAUACAUGUUAUAUAAGUAUUCUUCAGUUCCUUCAGUUUAAUUACCAACAAGGUUGUUUGUAUAGAUUAAGAGCACUUGGAGAAAGGCAUAAAAUGGAUAUUACAAUUGAAGGUUUCCAUUCUUGGAUGUGGAGAGGUCUGAGUUUUCUAUUACCAUUUCUAUACAUUGGCUAUAUUUUCCAACUAUAUAAUGCAUACACCCUGUACAAUUUAAGCAAGCAUGAAAAAUGUGUGGAAUGGCAGGUUUAUUGUUCUGCCAUAAUAUUUUUUGUACUAUUUUUGGGUAACAUGUUUACUACAUCACGUGUUCUCCACCAAAAGCUUACAGAAACUAUUGCAAAAUCUCUAAGUUCUUCCUGUGAAAAAGAUGACUGACAGCAAUAAAAUAAAAUAAUUAGUUCCUAACUUUUAAAUUAUUUUGUGGUCAGGUGAUAUGUAUAUAAUCUAGAUGUUUUGUUUUAUAGAUCUGGUACAGUUUGAAAAUAAAAAUGUCUUAAAAGGGGGGGGGGUUAAUAUUUAAAAGAAUCACCUGUACACAUCUCUUGUAUAUAUUUUUAAGGCAUUUAUUUUUAUAAAAACAUCCAUAUUUAUUUUUGAAAUUGUAAAAUACAUGUGUAUGAUUUAAAAAUGAUUCCAUAAAAAAUAAUUGAAUAAUUAAAACAUUUUUAGAUGUUUUUUUUUCUACUUAACCAUUUACAAUUUUAACAUUUGGUAACAUGUAAUAAACUAUUUAUAAUACUUGUAUACGAGAAUAAAUCUUUUAAGUGGCAUAUCUUUUUUAAAUCCAGAAUAAGAAAAUUAUGUUCUAUUACUGUCACAAUUUGCAGUUGCACAAUAUUAUUUCGAUGUGAUUGUGAUAAUAAAUGUUUUGGAAUGUUUAAAUAUAUCGUGCAUUUCUUAAAACUGUUUUUUAUUAGUAUCAUAAAUUGUAACAAUUAAUUUUUAUUUAUUCAGUACAAAAGUUAUUUUUGUAUAUUAUAAUAGUGUAAAAUAUUUCACCAUUUAUGAAAAUUAUACCCAUGUGACGUUUAAAGAUAAAAUUGUUGUGACAUUUUAUAAUUUAAUGUAAGCUUCCAUGUGGUUACUUUUGUAUUGCGAUAUUCCACAUAUAAGCCAAAGCUAUAGAAUAUAUAUUUUCCCCUUAUAGUUAGUUAAUAUAUUUUAAAUUCUUAUUUAUUGUUUAUGUAAUAUGAUUGGGUCCACAUGAAUGAUAUAUG